AGGACCCAUUUAUAAGGCUUCCUAGGGUUUUAGCUCUCGGAGUUGCCCCCCUCUUUUCCGCUGAGAGCCGCCCUCCCUCGAUCCAGAGAGCGUCGCCGAGCUCGCAGCGAUGGCGUCGGAGAAGCAAUCGAACCCGAUGAGGGAGAUCAAGGUCCAGAAGCUGGUGCUCAACAUUUCCGUCGGAGAGAGCGGCGAUCGCCUCACCCGCGCCGCCAAGGUGUUGGAACAACUGAGUGGGCAAACUCCUGUUUUCUCUAAAGCCAGGUAUACUGUUCGGUCUUUUGGUAUCCGGCGCAAUGAAAAGAUUGCUUGUUAUGUCACCGUUAGAGGUGAGAAGGCAAUGCAACUGCUCGAGAGUGGCUUGAAAGUGAAGGAAUACGAGUUGCUGAGGAGAAAUUUUAGUGAUACUGGAUGUUUCGGCUUUGGCAUUCAGGAGCACAUUGAUCUGGGAAUCAAGUAUGAUCCUUCCACGGGUAUAUAUGGGAUGGAUUUCUUUGUGGUAUUGGAGCGUCCCGGCUAUAGAGUUGGUCGCCGCCGCCGCUGCAAGUCUCGUGUUGGGCUUCAGCACAGGGUUACAAAGGAGGAUGCCAUGAAGUGGUUCCAAGUCAAAUACGAGGGUGUCAUCCUCAACAAGUCGCAGGCUACCUAAUAAUCAUAGAUGUAUUGUCUUGUUGUCUGGUGGACAUUCUGAGGGAUUCAUCAUUUUCUGCCUUCUUAGGUUGUCUGUUGGAGCAAUUAAUUAGCGAUUUUGCCUAGUGAAUUCUUUUCAUCCCGUUAUUAAUGCUACAACAUUUUCUUGUCUGGCAGUGAAAUUUUCUGAACUCUAGGGAAAAUGGAGAUUGUUUUGGGUGGCUUCUAUUUUUUGUCAAGUGUUUACUGUAAGGCUGUCGGAGGUUUUUAUCUUCAUUGCUUUUAUGGUGAAUAUUUUUUGAAAA